GUUUGUGUAACGCGUUAGGGAAGGCGUCCGGUGCCCUUUAGUGCAAUGACAAGACUGCGUCCAUGGCGGGACGACUGAAGAAACAGUUGAAAGAAGCCAUAAAGAUCAUCAGCUCAGGCAGCCUUCUGUUUGCUUCCUACCUCACUGUGGUUGGGGAUGAGCGUUUCUAUGCCAACCGGCUGAUGCCCCUGCUGCAGAGGAUUGUGGGGGCGGAGACGGCACACGUGUUGGCAGUGAAGAUGAUCGGUCUGGGUCUGGUUCCUCUGAACCGGUACCAGGACCCCGCGUCCUUGGAAGUGAAUGUCCUCGGGUUAAAGUUCAAGAACCCUGUUGGGAUUGCGGCAGGCUUCGACAAGCACGGGGAGGCGGUGGACGGCUUGUACAAACUGGGCUUCGGCUUCGUUGAGGUGGGAACAAUCACUCCCAAACCUCAAGAGGGGAACCCCAAACCUCGCGUGUUUCGACUCACGGCGGAUCAUGCCAUCAUUAACAGAUAUGGAUUCAACAGCUGUGGUUUGGAAGAAGUGCAGAAGAGGCUGAAGGCCAGAGAAGAAACUCAGCAAGAGCAACGGAAAGCUGGCCUUCCCCUGGGCAUCAACCUGGGGAAGAACAAGCUGUCCCAGGACGCAGGGCCAGAUUACCUGGAGGGGGUGAGAGUGCUGGGCCCCCUGGCUGACUAUCUGGUGGUCAACGUCAGCAGUCCCAACACUCCGGGUCUUCGGGAUCUCCAAGGGAAGGCUGAGCUCCGCCAGCUCCUGCAUACAGUGCUGAAGGAGCGCGAUGCCCUGCAGGAAAAACACAAACCUCCGGUCCUGGUGAAGAUCGCUCCGGACCUCUCUACCCAGGACAAGCAAGACAUCGCAGACGUUGUCAACGAGCUGGGAGUGGAUGGUUUAAUGGUGUCUAACACCACUGUGUCCCGGCCAGAGAGGCUUCAGGACCCUCAGAAGUGUGAGGGCGGUGGGCUGAGUGGAGAGCCUCUCAAAGACCUGUCGACCAGCACUGUCAGGGAGAUGUACGGCCUCACUGCAGGUAGAGUUCCAAUCAUUGGCAUUGGAGGUGUGGCCAGCGGACAGGAUGCGAUGGAUAAGAUCCGUGCCGGUGCUUCGUUGGUCCAGCUCUACACGGCUCUGACCUAUCAGGGUCCGCCUGUAGUGACGAAGAUAAAGCGAGAACUGGAACAGCUGCUGAGAGAACAAGGCUUCAGCAGUGUGUCUGACGCCGUCGGCGCCGAUCACAGGGGAGCAGACGGCUCAACUGGUGAGAAGAUGUGAGAGAUGGUGAACGUUCACACAGACGCUGGCGGCCGAGCUGCAUCUGUAGCGCCGUCUCCUCCAACAAGACAACGUGAGCGUCGGCGUUUCCCAAACUCUGGUGGAUGCAGAGUGUUUGUGACGGUCCGUCUUGAUUUCCAAAGUGGAGGCUACGUGAUGGUCUGAAGCGCCACUUAAACUCAUCGUCACAAGCUUUCACCUUUGUGUGAAAGUUCAAAGCGAAUAAUGAAAACUGUUUAAAUGCUGCAUGUACAGAAGCUGAGCUCUGUACCUUGAAUCCAGGUGUUUGUCUUUGUAACAGCAGUUCGUGUUUCUUGAGUUCUUUCAGCACUUUGUCCGGCUGAAUGCUGAAACCUGUCGUCAUCUGUUGUAGGAAUUAGUCUAGAAGAAUAGAAACGGGUCAGAACCUGACAUUGUGUUAUGUUUGUGCCUCUAAACCCAGCAGUACUGUGUGAUGGGGUCGUCUUGAGGAUGGAGCUGCUCACAUGUCAUUGCACUGAUACCUCAGAAACACUCAAUAAACCUCUUACUUCUAAUUCUC